UGUUCUGUUAAGAAAACUAGUCACUACUGGCUUGUGACAACCUGCAUUUAAAAUGCAUGUUUUGAUCCGUAGCUUCAUCCUUGUGUCAUGGAUGUAUACUGUGUCAGUUGAGGCGCAAGGUUGUAAGAUAGACGACUUUGACCCUAUAAACAAAGAAGGUUUCACAACACAUAAUUUGCAGAAGGAAUAUCCUGUGGGAGCCGCGGUCAGAGUGCUCUGCCAAACUGGUUAUGAGGGGUUUUACAAAAUGAAGUGCGCAGAAGAUGGAACAUGGAGUUCCCAAAACGAGGAAUGUAAACGAAAGCAGUGUGGCCACCCAGGGGAAUCACCAAAUGCGGACUUCGAACUUACAGAGAGUAGCAGCGAUUUCUCCUUUGGUUCAGAAGUUCUGUACAAAUGCAAACCAGGUUACGUGAUGAUAAGCAGGUCUCCCAUCCGAACGUGCAUGAGCCAAGGCUGGAGUAACAUGGUCCCUGUCUGCGAGGCGCUGAAAUGCCCGCCUCUUCAUAUAGACGAUAACAUGUAUGCGUAUGGCGAGUAUACGGAGGCUACCUCCGGCACCGUCGUCACUUUCAAGUGCAAGUCAAGCAACAUGAUAGUGGACGGGCAUGGGAACAUUGACUGUAACAACCAGGGGGAAUGGAGUGGAAAGGUUCCUACAUGCAAAAUUUUGAAAUGUGUCGCUCCAACAUUGGAAAAUGGUUUAAUCAGGAAUAGGAAGGAUGUUUACGAUAUGAACGACUUCCUGGAUUUUGAUUGUCAAGAUAAAUACAUUAAGUUUGAUACACAGAUGAAUCCUCGAUGUGUUAAAAUGGGCAAUUCCGCUCAGUGGAAUCCGCAACCUAGAUGUGAAGAAAUAAAAUGCGAAUUAACACCAUCAGAUAAAGGCUUGUAUACCCCUUCUGGUAAAACUUUCUUUUCAAUCGGUGACCGACUGAGGGUGGAAUGUUAUCGUGGGAACUGGAUUCAACAAAGUCAACAACCUUCGGAAACUGCAAUAUGUGAAAAAAAUGGAUCUUGGAAACCGGGCCCAUACGCCCCCGUUUGUGAAGAGAUAAGAUGCCGCAAACCAGGGGUCCCACAUUUAAAAAUACGGCCAUGGAGACAGGACUACAAGUUUCAAGAGAGUGUGAUAUUUUCCUGUGAUGACGGUUAUGAGUUAAAGGGGAAUGCUGAGGCUAGGUGCACUCCGACUGGGUGGUCCUCGAUUCCAACAUGUAAAGAUAUUACAUGUGAUCGAAAUGAUAUAAAACAUGCACACUUCCCACAAAGCAAAACUGUAUACAAACUUGGAGAAAAACUAACGUGUAGUUGUUUGGAAAACUUGUCAAAAGAAUAUGAUGUCGAAUGCACUAGGAAUGGAUGGUAUAACAAACCUCAAUGUUCAGGAACCGACAAAUGUAAAUCCAUUAAAAAUGGAUUUGUGGUAAAGGGAGAAUCAAACGUAAUCUUCUAUUAUGCCUGCAACGAUGGGUACAUGCUACCACAUGGUGGCUGGUGGGAUGAAGCGGAAUGUACGGAGGGAAUCUGGAAACAACUUAAACCCUGCAUCGAAAAAUCUAGAUGUCACACACUUCCUGAAAUACCACACGCAAAAACUAAGGUACUACUGGAAGACGGCGUUACUGGCAUUGUUUAUAUUCAGUGUAAAGAGGGAUACACGCCUGAAGAAAUUUCUAUUGAAUGUAAGAAUGGACGCUGGGAAACACCACCAAAGUGUUUACGCAAAGAGACAACGUGCACCUCCCCACCGAAAGUUGAAAACGCAGUCGUUCUGACUGCAUUUCAGAGCGGAUAUGCGGACAAGUCCACAGUAGACUAUGAAUGUCGCAAGUCAUAUAAAUUAACAGGAAAUAAAACAAUCGAAUGUACACGUGGAACCUGGAGCAAAUCGCCAACAUGCAAAAGAAAAUCAGAAGCAGAUACAGGAACUGAAAUCUCUAAGACACCAACCCCCAAUCCAGCGUCAACCUUGACCAACACAGCCAACCCCCAAAGUCAAAUCCAACCCAUCGAUCCAAGUCAAGCCUAAAAAUGAGCCAUAAAAGCACAUUACUUGGAAGUGACCCACAUUAAAUACCAGCCAUGUCUAACCUUUUUACUUGUGUAACUGCUUAAUUGUAAACCAAAGGUCAUAGCCUCACUGUUUCACCUUAAUUAGUGUGAUGUCAAAUCCCAAGCCAACUGCAGUGAGCAAAAAUAUGAGUAUCCUAAUUGUACAUGUAUUAUGAAGUACCGGUACUUUUAGUUAAAAGUAAUUUCAGAAAUGUUGUGAGGUAUGACAAAUGUUUGGGGAAUUUAACAUCGGCUAUUGGCUUGACAUGCACAAUUAUAAUUGUUUUACAUAGUUGUGAGUAGGCCUACAUAUUUUGACUUGAUGAAUAAACAUGGACAUCAUGUUUGAA